AUGGAUUGGGAAGAGGCAACCAAACUCAGGUUGUUUCAACUCAAUGAGAUGGAUGAAUUCCGAUACCAGGCAUAUGAAAGUGAAACACUUUAUAAAGAGAGAAUAAAGCAAUAUCAUGACAAGAAAAUCCUGAAGCGAGAAUUCUACAAGGGUGAUCCUGUCCUGCUGUUUAACUCUCGAUUGAAACUGCUACCGGGUAAGCUUAAGUCAAGGUGGUCCGAUCCUUUCGAGGUGGUAAGUGUUUCACCCCAUGGGGCGCUUGAACUGAAGUCCGAAGAUGGAACUCGGACAUUUAAGGUGAAUGGGCAGAGGGUGAAGCACUAUCAUGGGAUGGUUGUUGGAGAUAGAAUUAUUGACCGUUACCGAUUGAAGCACCUUGGGACGAAUGCUGACUCAACGAGUCCUGACCAAGAGUAA